CAUUGCAUCAGAUCCCCACAAACUAGCUCGACCUUUAACCCUUUUUCCACAUAAAACCCUGGCUCAGAAGGCCCCCUCCGUAAGUGUUGUACAGUUGUGCUAGCUACUCUAAAUUUUCCCUUUUUGAGCUCUGCUUCUGUAAACAAUGAAAGUUUCCUGUUUUUGUCUUCUGGGUUCUCUUUGAAAGCUUCAAAGUUUGCAUUUUUACUCGUCUUCAAUGGUGGUUUUUAGUCUCCUGUCUUAUGACCAUAGACACCAUUAGAGUUGAAACUUUUUGUAAAAGCUUUUUGGGAAAGUUUCAGGCUGACCAUGGGAGAUGUUUACAGGAAUUUGGAGGCGACUAUAGGCAGAUUAGAGAGGGUGAUUUGUGGAGGAAAGUUGAUAAUUUUAUCAGUUGGGAUUGUUUCUACUUUCAUUUUGUUCAAAGUGGCCAUAAUUCCUUACACAUUCAACUUGAUUUUCUCUAUGUUUUCAUUUCUUCCAAAGCUUUAUACUUUCUUCAGAAGUUGCCUUUCUCCUCCGUAUGUUUACAUCCUUGUUAACGUCAUCAUCAUCUCCAUUGCCGCUUCUUCAACUUUCGCUCAGCAAAAAGGCCCUCAACCUGCGGAAAAGUUCACCAAGGAAGCUGCUUCCAAGACCACCAAAGAGAAAUCCCUUUCUGGAAAGAACCAAAACAUUCAGAAAAAUGAAAACAACCCUCAGCCUCAUGAUGAUGAUCCCUGGUUUUUAAUGGUUCAACAUCAUGCUGAUGAUGAAGUUAAAGAAGAAAACCAAAACCCCACUUUGUCGGCUCUCAAACUCACCGACCCAUCUCAAGAAACCGGCUCAACCGCCGCUCUAACAGAAGAUUUGAUUGAAAAAUCCGAGGAGUUUACUCAGGAAACUCUUGAAGACACUUGGAGACUGAUCACUGAAGGCCAAGGCAAGCCGCAGAACCGCCUCCUGAAGAAGAGUGGCACGUGGGACACGCCAUCCCGGGCUGCCGUCAACGCCGCAAAGGAGGAAAAAACCGGCGGAGAUCAUGGUGAACACCAUCCUGAUAGCGAUGGUGGUGAUGAUAUUGACAAUUCUGAGGAAAACGUCGCGUGGGCCAAACGCGAGCUGAGAAAGUCGGAGACUUUCAGCGACAGGGCGUCUCUGAGGAGGGAGAAAUCGAUGAGUCAGGAGGAGUUGAAUCGGAGAGCCGAUGCUUUCAUAAAGAAGUUCAACAAUGACAUGAGGUUGGAGAGGCUGGAGUCUCACCACCGUCGGCUGGCCGCCAUGGUUAAACCAAGUGUUUAAGUGGUGUAAUCAGUAAUUUUUUUUUGAAUUAUGUAAGCUUAAUUAGACGCUUAUGCUGCUGGGGGCCUAAAUGCAAAUUUUUUAUAUUGUUAGGUUGUGAAGAAAAGUUACCCCUUUUACUGUUACUUUUAAAGUUACUAUGUGAAGGCCAAUUAGAUGAUCAUCGCCUUUUUCUAGUU